GUGGUACGUGGUAGCGUGCGAGGGAAAUAACGUGCUCUAAGAUUUCUACAUUGUUUUGUUCGAUUUCGAAAUUUUUUUUGCAAUUAACACUGACAAUCAUGAGUGGAUUCACCGCAAAUGUAUCAAAGGGUGAUCGACUACUGGACCCCAUUAGGCCUUCUGAUGGUGCUGGCAUGAGGAAUGAAAUGUCAUAUCUCUAUGGACGAGAUCCCAGCAUUCUAGCAUAUAGUCAACGUCCUGGACCAUCAGCACAGUGCAAGAAGAAUCUUUCCUCUGAUUAUGAGACUGAAGAGUCGAUCUACUCUGAUGGCACCUCCCUGGGGCCUGAUGUUUUGUCCAGACAGACAGUCAAGGUAUUUUUACGCCUCAAACCUUUUCCCAGAAAAAUGAAACUGCCAGACGAGCAGAAAGAGGCCUAUGAGAUCAUCAACACUACAACUCUUCUCACACGAAUCCCAUGCCUUGACACAACAACCGUUUCUAUGAAGAAAAAUUGUCAGAUAGAUACUGUGUGCCGGAAAUUUACAUUCACCGAAACUUUUGGACCUGAUACUACACAACUAUCUUUGUUUGAGAGGGUAAUUCGGCCACAGAUGGAGGAAUUUUUCGAUGGGCGAAACUGCAUCGCCAUGACAUAUGGCACAACGAAUUCAGGAAAAUCCCACACUCUCCAGGGUUCGACUUCGUGUCCAGGAAUAAUACCUAGGAGUUUGGAGUACGUUUUUUCCAACAUAAAUCCAAGGACCUCUCCUUGCUACAAGCCAGUUGAUAAUAAUACUGUAAUAAGUCUCACAGCAUCCGAGCGUUUAGCCGAGAUGGAAACGACAACAAAAAUCCUUUCAUCCCAAUACAUAAGUGCAUACAAGCAAAUGCAGAAGCUUCUACAGGAAGAAUCCCCUCAGCGUCCAAGUCAGGCAACAGAUGCCCAGUACCUAGUGUGGGUGUCCUUCGCAGAGAUCUAUAACGAAGUGAUCUACGACUUGUUAUCCAGCGAAACCCAAAAGCGUCGAAUACCCUUAAAACUGGCCGCAGACAGCCAAGGAAGGGCUUUUAUAAAAAAUCUAAAAACUGUAUGUGUCCAUUCAGGCUCCGAAGCAUACCAAGUGCUAAUGGCUGGACAGUGUAAUUUAAAAGUCGCUGCAACAGCCCUCAACGCCAGGAGUUCGAGAUCGCACUGUAUCUUCACCAUUACAUUACUUAAAUUUUACAACGAAAAUCGUCCAAACUCUGUGGAACUCAGCAGAUUCUUUUGGUUCUGGGUCGCUGCCUAAAGUCCAUCUACGAGGGGCAACUGAUGAAACAGCGCCAAGAACACCUCGGGCCUUUUCGCGAGUCCAAACUAACGCGCCUCUUCCAGCAGGCCCUCUCUGGAAAGGAGCCCAUGGCUCUCAUUGUCAACGUCAAUCCACUUCCAAAUCUUUACGAGGAGACCCAACAUGUCCUGAACCUUGCGGCAAUCGCAAAGAACAUAGUGAUUCAACCGAAGAAACCAAAACGAAGAAGAUCCCUGACGAGAUUCUCACUGGUAGUUGCCCAGAGUACGAAGACAGCGACAGAUUGGGAUGACACAGACCUGGAAAUAAUCGCUGAGCAGUCUUCUACUGAGGAAUAUGAAACUCAGAGUAAUGCUUCCGUUGCCCAAACGGACUACGAUGAAUUAAUCGCUGAGAAUGAGCGCCUGAAAGGUGAAUAUACAGCCCUCAAAACAUCACACUUCAAGAGGGAUCUGCAAAUACGCGAGGAACUCGCAAAUUCCUAUGCUGAGAUGUUGGAGAAAAUCCAGAAGGAUUAUAAAGCAAAAAUUGAGGUCUAUGAGAACCAGCAAGAGGAGUUUCUAGAGUGUCAGCUGACGAUGUUAAAGGAUUAUUAUGAAAAGAAAUUGGCUUGCAAAGAGAGUGCACCAUCAGAGGCUGAUGAUGACGAUGAAGAGGAAGACAAUGGGAGGAUUGUCGAGCUUCAAAGACAGGUUUCGAUGCUUUCUGGUAAGGUCAUCUCACUCAAGAUGACGAUGAAGGAUCUGCGUACGGAGAAGAUGGAGGUCGAGCAGGAGAAGAAUAAUUUAAAGCAUGAAACGACUAUUUUAAAAGACGAACUAACGAGUGUGAAGGCACGGCUGGCGUCACUGGAGGAGGACUUCUCGGUGAAGGGCGAUGGUAGUAUUUACAUUCUUGAGCUGAAGGAGCAGCUCACGGCUCUCUGGCAGAAAAACAAGAAUCUCAAAGACAUGCUCAAUGAAGCUAAACUCGAUUACAUUGAGAUCACUGAUGAUUGUCGUGAGAAGGAGGAGAAAAUUGCCAGGUUGGAGGCGAAAUAUAUAAUUGAGAGUGAUAAGUGUCGAAACCUCGAGUCUGCGUACGAGGAUGUCAAUGCUCUCUACAGGGAUGAGACCCAGCUCAAGGAGGAAAUAGAAAAUCAUCUUGAAAGAGAGAUUAACUUGAGGAAGAAACUUGAAAAGCAAUUGGAGAUGCUGAAUGGGAAUAUUGCUGUUGAAGUAAAUUCUACGACGUCCUUUAUCAAGAAGGAGAUGCUCUCCCCAACGAUGGAGGAUUCUACUGGAGAUUCUGGGGGUCAAGAGGUCUUUUUAGAAUUCAGGGACAUUCCAAUAGGGGAUAAUCAGAUGAUUGAGAGUUUGAAUCAGCAGAUACAACUCCUGGAGGAGGAAAAAAAGCUAUUGAGUGAGAAAUUGUCUUAUAGUGUGGAGGAAAUUAACUCUUUGAAGGAAGAUCUGAGGUCUGCGAAGGGGAGAAUAGAUGAAAUCGGUGUGCAGUUAUCUCAAAGGGAGCUCACGGAUAUGAGAGAUCAGUACGAUGCACUCAAAGCUAAUUGUGAAGAACAGGUUGCGACGAUUAAGAAAUUGAGUGACGAAGUAACGACGGCCAAUGGCAUUUUGGAAAAUUACAGCAGCGAUGGGAAUGACCAGAAGAGACUCAUCGAGGAGAACAAGCAGCUGUUACUGCAACUCAAGGAGACGUCGAGUGAGAAGGACAAUCUCUCGAAGCAGGUGGAGAACCUCCAGAUGGCUCGUGAGGAUUUAGAGUCUCAGAUCAGGGAGUGGAAAAAAAAGCUGGGCCUGAUGGAGCUUGAGAUCAACAAUCUCCACAUGUCUGAUAAAUUGAGAACAGGGGAGAAUAAUAAAUUGACAGAGGAGUUGGCUGCAUGUAGAUUACAGCAUGCCUCUCAGGUUUCUGAUCUCAAGGACAGGUUGAAGACCUUCGAAGAGAGUAAUCAGGGAAAUUCUCAAGCCAUGAAAGAAAGUCUCCAGAAAAUUCAACAGCUGGAGUUGAAGCUGGAAAACAUGGAGAACCUGGAAAGGAAAAUUUCAGAAACUGAUGCUCUGUUGUCUAAAUGUCAAACCGAAAAGAGCGAGUUGGAAAUGGAGUUGAAGAAAAAUGAGGACCGAAUUUUCCACCUGAAGUCUCAACUGGAGCAGUCAGAGAUGGCCGGCAAGGACAAAGAUGAUGAGAUUGUCAGGCUUCAGAAGGAGUUGAAGACUCAAAUCAAGGCCGCUCAUGAUCCCAGCACUCUGGAGACUGAAAAGGCUCACAAGCAGAUCAUUCAGGAGUUGAGUGAAACACGAGCAGCCCUUGGAGAUGCCACGAAAAUUAACGAAGCCCUGGAAACCAAGAUAAGAAAUUUGAUGGAGACUCGAAGUGAAAACUACGAGCAAACGCAGAAAUUAAUUACAACGCUCCAGCGGAAUAUUGCAGAGCAGACAGCAGAGAUAAAAGACUUGAAAACAACAAAUGUCAGUAUUAUCAAUAGUUUAGAUGAGAAAGAGACAGAGAUGGAACACUUUAAGAAAAACCGAGACGAGACAAUUGCCAGGUAUGAGGUACUGGUACGAAGUCUUCAAGACAAUCUCGACCGGGAGAAGAGGGAGGUGAUGAGAUAUCAGGAGGUCUUCACCAGGCAGGGCCAGACACCUCGAGAGAAGGACGACGAUUCCUCAAAGUUCAGAGCCCCCUCGGACGAUCGAGCUACCCUGAAGGUACCGGUGACCAAACCCAGGGACGAGAGCACCUCUGACGAGACCUCACCCAAAUCUACCAGUAGCAGGCGUGCAAGAAGGGGGAAAAAAGUACCUGCUGAGACUUCUAAUAGUGAUGAAAUUGAUAUUCCUGUUUAUGAGCUGUCUCCAUCUGAGUCAAAGAGAACAACAAGGAGAACUGCUGCUGCGACUGCUGUUGCACCUACCAGUGAAAAAAGGAUCAGGAAGAGGAAAAAACUUUUCAAUGCGGAACCUAGUGCUGUUGAUUUAACACCUGAGGUGGUACCACCAUCUCCGUCACCGUCCUUCAGUCGUUCUCUGCGAUCUCGAAGAAAGUAACUCCACAUUUAAAUUUCUGUUAUCAAAUUUACUUAAUUUUGUUAUACACUCGAUUUAAUCGAGGGAUGUACGCAUCAUCAUUGUAAAAAUAUGUUGUAAAAAGUUUUUUCAUUUUUAUAGUUUUUUAAUAAAUUAUCUGAU